GCGCAUGCGCAGCCGGCGGCGAGCAGGCGCAAUCCGCGGCCCAACCGCAAGAGACGGAGCGUGCGCGAAACCAGGAAGUUCGGCGUACUCUAGGAGGAGGAGCUUCGAGUAGGCUCCGCCCGUCCCUUCUGGUUGUCAUAGUGAAGGCUAGUACACUGAGCCUCUGGUUCCCGAGAACUGAAAGCUUGAAGCAGGCGCCAUGCAGUACACCGGAAGCAAAUACAUCGGGGAAUAUAUAGAUGGGAGGAUGGAGGGCAAAGCCGAGUACAUCCUCCCUACUGAGACAAGAUAUGUUGGGGACAUGAAGGAUGGCAUGUUUCAUGGCGAAGGAACCCUGUACUUCCCCAGUGGGAGCCGAUACGACGCCAUUUGGGAUAAGGGAUUGGUCAUAAAGGUAUUUCUCAACUCACCAAUAUGGACCCACCUAGAAAAAUCCCCAAAGGUUGUUAUGAUUGUGGAGACGGGUUCUAUGACCCGGUCACGAGGAUAAUCAAGGACUACAGGAAUCGCUACCUGAGAAAUGCAGAUGACGAUGAGCAUGAGUGGAUUGUCCGGACCUGUCGGAAGGGCUGGGACGAGAUUGUGGGUCACAGGCCCAAGCUGUGAGCUCUGUAGCCACUCCACCAG